GGAUUGUUCAGCAGUUUAGUCUCAUCAGUCGCGGUUGACAUUUUAUUGAUCAAAACAAUAUUAAAAUCAACAUGAAGUAUUUUGCUGUUUUCGCGCUGCUCUGUUGCCUUUUUGGAGUUGUCAUGGCCCAGGUUAAAAAUCCAAUUUGCGCCGAAGAGCUCGGUGUAGUUGGAGUUUGUCGUGGGCGAAUUUUGAACUGGACCUAUCGCCAGGAUACUAAUGAGUGCAUCGAAUUUUAUUACUCUGGUUGCAGGGGAAACCAAAACAGAUUCGAUGCCAAGGAGCAAUGCGAGCAGUCCUGCAAAAAUUAGGUGCUCUCGGAAUAUUCCCCAUUUAUCAAAUUAUUUUAUAUUUUUGUGGCCAAAAUAAAACCUCGAUUACAUAACAAA